CAACUGAAGGUCAACUGUGGUAGUGUGGUAAUGUGGUUUAUAUAGUAGGUACCUACCUCAGUACCUACCUUGAGUGCUAUCUUGUCAAAUAGUUUUAAAAAGAUAAUUUAUUUAUUUUUAAAAUUAUCUACACAAAAUUUGCGUUCGGGUUUUUGUUAAGUGUAUUUCAAUAGGAUUUGUCUUUGACCUACUUGUAAAAUUAGUAACGUAACCAAAUGGCAAAUAUUGGAUGAGUAGGUAUCUACAGUUUAGCUGUACCUACUACUUACAUACCUUCACUUACAACAAAAGUAAGGAAUGGACGACGUGUAACAUAUUUUUUAUUAAUCACAGUGACUAUGAGCUUCAACAAUGUUUUCUAAACGAAAUUUUAUUGUAAACGUUGUAUAGUUUUGUUAAUAGAUCAAAUACAUUUUAUGUAAUUUAUAGUUUUGGAAAAUGUUAUUGUAAAUAAAACGUAGUAUGCUGUUAAUUUUCUUCCAUUAAUUAAAUAGACAUAAUCAUGGGUCUUCUUAUAUCGAAAAUUUGGAGUUUAUUUGGCAAUGAAGAACAUAAGUUGGUGCUAGUGGGUCUGGACAAUGCUGGUAAAACAACAAUACUUUAUCAGUUACUGUUGGGAGAGGCUGUGCAUACACGGCCCACAAUUGGGUCUAAUGUGGAAGAAGUGGUGUGGAAAAACCUGCGCUUUGUGAUGUGGGACCUGGGAGGACAACAGAGCUUGCGCUCUGCUUGGAAUACCUAUUACACUAACAGUGAGUUUGUGAUAAUGGUCAUUGACUCAACUGAUCGUCAGAGACUAAGCAUAAGCCGGGAAGAGCUUCAUAGAAUGUUGACACAUGAGGAGUUGAGCAAGGCUUGUCUUCUUGUUUAUGCUAAUAAACAGGAUGUAAAAGGAUCUAUGACAGCUGCUGAAAUUUCUGAACAACUGGAUUUAACAUCUAUAAAACAUCACCCCUGGCAUAUCCAAGCUUGCUGUGCGCUCACUGGAGAAGGUUUACAUCUCGGCCUUGAAUGGAUAGCCAGUAGAAUAAAGAAGAAAUGACGAACACAUUUCUGAUUAAUUUUAUUACUAAGCUCUAUUGUUAGAACGUCAAUAUGAUGGAUGAUAAUAUUUUAAUAAAUAAAUUUUAAAGAAAUUA